CUUCCUAUAGGGACUGAAAACCAAGUGAGGAGAUGAAGGAUUGCACCAUACUACACCAGAGAAUACAGAGAGGAUAGUCACUGCAGAUAGAUCCUGCCUAUCAUCAACUGCACAACGGUGGGAGAAAUCCAGUCCCUUCAUCGUAUUGCUCAACACAGAGAAGGUUGGGCAGUGAAACCAUCAUCUGGAAAUUAGUCGGGUCAGGGGAGCUUUGACGUAUCAUCAGAUCUGAAACUGGUCAGUGGUGUGGAGCCUUCCGUCAGAACCAGCCUUUGUCAAGAUUCGCUGUGGGUGAUUGAUGAGGGUGAGGCUGGGAAGAAAUCUGAGUGGUCUGCAAGUGUGGUGAGAGCUUCAAUCAUUGAGCCUCUUGAAAUACUUACUCACUCCUACAGGGGAGAGGCUAUUCAAGUAUGAGGUGGUUGUGAGGAGGGCUCCAUACGUUCAUAGAAUCUGGUGACACGUAAAGUGCAUUUGUUACAAACGCUGUUAACACAAGGCUAGUCCAUGGAAGUUAAAUCAUUCAAGUGUGAAGUUUGUGAUAAAUAUUUUGUAACAUCUACAACCCUCUUGAGACACCAGAUGAUUCACACGGGGGAGAAACCCUUCAGGUGUGAGGUUUGUGAAAAGGCUUUUGCCUACUCCUUCCACCUGCUAACACACCAGAUGAUUCACACCGGGGAGAAACCCUUCCAGUGUGAAAUUUGUGAAAAGGCUUUUACCGAUUCUUCUCACCUCCUGAGACAUCAGAGAAUUCACACAGGGCAGAAACCAUUCACAUGCAAAGUGUGUGACAAAUCGUUCUCCCAGUCAUCGACCCUUCAUGUACACCAGCGCAUUCACACAGGGGAGAAACCAUUCACGUGUGAAGUAUGUGACAAAUCAUUCUCAGAUUUAGCGCACCUUCGCAGACAUCAACGUAUUCACACAGGGGAGAAACCAUUUACCUGUGGUACGUGUGACAAAUCAUUCUCGCAGUCUUCAACCCUUCAUGUACACCAACGUGUUCACACUGGGGAGAAACCUUUUAUAUGUGAGAUUUGUGAUAAAUCAUUCUCAGUUUCAUCAACUCUGCGUAAUCACCAACGUAUUCACACGGGGGAGAAACCAUUCACCUGCAAGGUAUGUGACAAAUCAUUUUCGAUGUCAUCACACCUCCGUAUACACCAACGCUUCCACACAGGGGAGAAACCAUUCACUUGUGAGGUGUGUGACAAAUCAUUCUCAACAUUAUCACACCUCCGUGUUCACCAACGCAUUCAUACAGGGGAGAAACCAUUCAGGUGUGAGGUGUGUGAGAAACUGUUCUCAAGCUCAUCCACUCUCCUGCUCCAUCAAAGGAUUCAUACAGGGGAGAGACCGUUUAUAUGUGAUGUUUGUGACAAAUCAUUUUCACGAUCAUCGAAUCUCCUGCUUCACUGGAAGAUCCACACAGGGGAGUAAUAGUUCAAGUGUAAGGUUUUUGACAAAGCUUUUUAUAAUGUUUCUCCUGGGACAGAAUGGAAUUCAUGUAGUGUUUGUGACAAAGCUCUUACCCAUUCCUCUGAUCUACUACAGCGCCAGCUGAUUCCCACAGGAGAGAAGACAUUCAGGGAUGAGGUAUGUGACAUAGUCAGCAUAUAUCCGGUUUAUUAGCAUUCAAACAGGAGAGAAACUCUGUGUAAUAAACAAUUCAGACAGUUGUUGGAUCUCCUAGAACAUGAGUGAACCCACACAAAGUCUAACUAGUCAGGUUCCUGCCAAUCUGUACUCAGAAUGUGAACCUGUACACAGUCUCACUGUGGAGGAUGUUCAGUGGGACUGGGACACAGAACAAGAAGCAGCUUUCACUCCCAUCAAACAACUAGUGAUGACAUCGCCAGUGCUGAGGGAUUAUGAUGUAACAAUGGAGUCACCCUGCAGUGUGAUGUCAGUGAAACAGGACUUGGGGUAAUCCCCAGGCAGUGAGGACAAGCCGUUGUGUUUGUAUCCAGAGCAUUAACACAAACUGAACAACUCUGUAUACAAAUUGAGAAAGAGAGUGUGAAUAUUGACUUUGCUUUUACCAAUGCCUGUUUGUGACAGAGAAAGUGAUGGUGGACUCUGACCACAAGCUAAUUCACAGGAUGUCUCUCAAACCACUUUGAUCUUUUCUUAAAUGUUUGCAAAGGACAUCACUUCCAACCAAGGGAAAUAGAUAUACAACACUAACGUGCUGUUGAGAACUGCACUGUCUCUGAAGGAAUUUGAUGCUGGUGCAGAUUGCAAAAUAUUCCAGAUUCAAGAAGCAACAAUAUGACAUGCUCUGGAAAUCAUUAACCCAGACAUUGGCUGUGACAGAAAAGUGUCUUCCACUACUCAAUGAGAUGUAAUUCUUCAAAUGUUACAAGAAGUUGUGAUGAAAGAAUGGACUAAAACCAUUAUGGACUCCCCUGUGACUAUAAGAGAAUAUUGGACAAACAGAGAUGAAGUGAUCACCCAAGAUUGCAUCUUGGUUAUCCCUAAAGGUUAUCCCUAAAGAGAUGAGAAAAGAGAUACGGAAACACAUCCAACACAAAGCAUCAUGGAAUUGAGUCUAGUCUGAAAAAGAUAAUAGAGGUGCUGUACUGGCCAAACAUUAACAAUGAGGUGAAACACCACAUCAGCCAGUGCAGUGCUUGUAAUGAACAUCAAGCUAAACAAGAUAAAGAGAUGAUCAUGACUCGUCACAUCCCAGACAGCCCAUGGAUGAAACUUGGAGUAUACCUCUUCACUCUCACUGAAACUGAUUAUCUUGUCACAGUCGUCUAUUUUUGAGAUGUGGGGGGAGUUAGAGCAGCUGAUGUCACUAUCUCCCAGUGAGAUUGUAGAAUGUCUGAAACCACAUCAGUCGUCAUGAAGUUCAUGACAUUGUGAUCAGUGGCAAUGAUCUCAGUUCACAAGUGAAGAAUUCAGACAUUUCCUGAAUGAUUGAUUAAUCCACACCACACAUCAUCUCCAAAUUAUCCCCAGUCAAAUAGAAAGGCUGAGGCAGCAGUGAAAAAAACAUUUCAUGAAAUCCAGCAGACCAACAAUUAGGGAGUGUCUGUACAGUUCAAUUUGUUUUGAUCACUGAACUCCUCUGGCCACCCUAUAGAACUGUAAAUAAUAGUGACAAUGUAACAAGCUGUAUGGAGCCACCGCACUUGAAUGUGCUCCACAUUUUUUUGAAAUGAUCAUCCCAGUCGAGAGUGUGGUGCUGGAAAAGCACAGC